UUUCAAAUAAGCGAAUGCUUUGUGUUCAAUAAAUAUAUAAUAUUGUGAUGACUGCAUUUAUGUAAUAUCAAGAGUAAAAGGAUAGCAUAUUUUCGCAUUAAUGUUAAAUUUUAAGAUAGUUAUUUCAGAAAGAAAUGCUCUAAAACAUAAAAAUUCUAAACGAAAUCAGGCUAAAGUGUGAUACGUCUGAAGCAACAAAUGAUGGAAAAAACUAAACAAGAUACAUCUGUUCGUUCUAAACAUUAUAACUUCAUUGGAAGGACAGAAAAAAUAUGCAGAAAAUGUGGCUUUGCAACUUUCUGUUUACGAGUUCUGUACAAACAUAAAUACAAAUGUCAAGGGGAAUUGCUUGGACCAUCAAUAAUUUGCUGUUAUUGCAAAAGGAAAUUCAGUUUCUAUUCUUUAUUAUGGAAACACAAAAAAGCUUGUGUUAAGUGUAAUCGGAAGAAAGCUAAGCAUAUUCGACAGAAACAGCAUAAAAGAAAGUUAAGGAAUACAAAGAAGUCUCCUAACAGAUUUAAAAAAGAAUCUUCAGUUGUCUGUCCUACUUGCUUGCAAAAGUUUAGUAGUUUACUGCAGUACAAUUUGCAUGCUCCUAAUGGGCUAUGCACAUUGAAGAGCUUCCAGAAAAAAUAUCAUUCUGCUCGAAAAACAAUUAUAAAAUCUCGUAAUAAUACAUGGGGAAUGAGGACUAGUACUAAACAACUACCUAAUAAUUUUAUCUUUAGGGAUGAGAUUAACUCAUUUUUUAAACAAAAGCGAGAGAAAUAUAUUGCUUCAGGUUUUAAAGACAGCCAGUUGGAUUUUAUGUGUUUGAGUUGCAAGAACUUAUAUCCUACAAAAAAACUACUACUCAAACAUCUGGAAAAGAAUAAGAUAUGUGCUAAAGCUCAUUAUGAGAACCCAGCUUUUGUUACACACACAAAAGUAUCCUUUACAGCUAGAAAAACUCUUACACCUGUUCUUGCCAGAAAAUCUUUUCCUCAUAGUUACAGAAGUAAGUUUUAUACAAGUAUAGCCCCCAAACAUUCAGAAAGAUCAGCCAGGAAAACACUGAAUCAUUCUUUAAAAAAAAGCAGAGGGAAAUUACGAACAUCUGCAGAUAUAGAUAUUAUUAAUCAAUGUCCUGUCUGCUAUGAAGAAUUCAGUGAUUCUUUUGAUUUCUUUCAGCAUCAGAAAAAGUUAAAUCAUUGGGGUAAAGCUGCAAAAUCGGUUAGUGUGAAUUGUAAGUGUCCUUUUUGCGAAAAGGAGUUUUUUCACGUUAGAGCUCGUAAUGCACAUCUUCGAAAUCAUGCUGAUAGAUCCGAAGAUGACAUUGAAUUAUUUUUGAAAAACAGCACUUGUAAUAUAUGUUCUCAGAUAUUUGUCUCAGAAUUGGUCAAACAGCAGCAUGUAAAAAUAGAGCAUCCUUCUCAAAUGUUUAAUUCUGCUGUAAAAUACCAAUCUUCAUUAGAUCAGUCAAAUGUUAAUACUUCUUGCAGUAGUAGUGACUAUUCCAGCAGAAAAGAAAAUUAUUCUGAUAAAACAAAAUACUCUUCUAUACCGCUUGCAGUGAAAGUCAAACUGACACAGUAUCCUACAGUUUGUCCUAUUUGCAUGAAAGAUUAUACAUCAACUCUUACUCGCAAUAAGCAUUUUAUAGAAAGCCAUUUGAAAUCAUCAUUAGAAUGUAAGUUUUGUCCCACAAGCUUCAGUAAAUCUGACAGUAUGGUGCGCCAUAUGCAGCAGUGUCACAAUAAUUAUCUGGAAUAUGAGUGCCGUGAAUGUAAAAUUGGGUUUACUACUUCCUUACUUGUGCUACAGCAUGCUUUGAAAAGCCAUCCUCACAGCGAUCCAAACAGUUAUGUACAAAUCAGAAAUAUUAACCCCAGUGUGAUUCAGGAUCAAGUGUUGGGUCUUGCAAAUGAUAGAAAACGAGAAGAAUUAGAGAAAUUUAGUAAUAGUGAAUUGCAACAAAAGAAUUUAGAAUAUUAUUGUGACACAUGCAAAAUCUGCUUUCAAAAGCUAUGUGGUUUGCAAAGACAUCGUCAGUCUAAGCUUCAUCGAGAUACAUUAGAAAAGAGUCUUGAUGCUGUGCAUCAGUCUUUAUCAAACUUACCGCCCUCAUUACCACCCUUUCCGAAAAGCACGGAACAACCUGAAAUUCUGUGUUGUUCAGAAUGCUUGGAAGAAUUUACAACAAUUAAGGAUUUUGUGCCACACCGUUUGAGUCAUUUCAGUUUUCGAAGAAAGUACUUGGAUAUUAGUGACACCAAUCCAUAUUCCUGUGAAAUAUGUGGUGAUGUUAUAGACAAUCACUCAAAAGUUCAGAUGCAUUUGUUUUGGCAUUUACAAAUUGAUUCAUCUAGCGAGAAAAACACCUCAAUUACAACUGCAGGUAAAAAUGAUCCUAUUAAGCCUGACAGAUUAACUGGACAACAAAUAGCUAAGAAAUCAUUUUCUAAAAAAGGUCAAGAUUUUCAGCAAGAAGUUGUUAUUGGUGGAGUUAAGAAGCCUCUGUUUACUUGUGAGAACUGCAAUGUAGGCUUUACCACACAGUCUCACUACAAUGUACAUGUUAGGAAAUUUUGCAAAAUGAGAUCAUCCACAGAGGUGAAAAUGGAUACAGGUAGUGAAAUAAAUAAUGAACCAAUGAAAGAGCAUAACAGUGCUUUAGACAUAAAAUCCAAUGAAAAAGAAUUAGAAAAACCUUUAGAAUUUUUUGAGAAUGAAAGUUCAGUUCAUUGUUCUGACUGCAAUUGUCUGUUUGCUUUAGAUGCAUAUAAAAUUCACCAGAGUUCUUGCAAAAAAUAUACUUAUAAUUAUAGUAAUGCUGAAUAUAAGCAAAAUAAUGUUGAUCUUGUAAAAUCUGCUAUUGAAUUACAGUGUGCUAUUGCUGGUUGUAUCGCUUGUGGCUUGCCUUUUGUCAAACUUGAUGCCUACUUUGAACAUAUGUUAGAACACUUGGAAACAUCUGUUCAAGACUGUAGUUCUGUCUCUGAAGCAUCCAAUAUUGAUGAACAAAAUUUUAUUCAAAGAGAAACUAUCCACUGCUUUUUAUGCAACUGUUUAUUUCGCUCUAUUGAUGUAUUUCAGAGACAUAAAGAUUUUUGCAGUGUAAAUGUUUAUAACUGCAACACAGAAGAUACUUCAAGUAAUAUAAAUGAUAUUAAAUGUGCAUUAAAAGACAAAACUGCAGAGGCAGGCUGCAUUACUUGCAAUUUGCCUUUUAAUAAUUUGCAGCAAAUUUUUGACCAUAUGGAAAUGCACCAUAAAUUAUCCCAAAAUUCUAAGACCACAUUAAACGGGCCUGUUAAUGACAUUUCAGGCAAAAAUGAAUGCUGUGAAUCAUCAAAUGUUAAUCAUUCUGCUAUUGACAUAAUUAAUGAUGUAUCACAAGAUUGUUCUACUUUCCCAGACAAACUUUUUUCUGUCAAAGAACUCAACAUGGCUGCAAAAUCUUUAGAUUUUACCAAUAACGUAAUAAUCAGUUCUUUCUCUGACAUUAUCAACAAAACUGAAAUAACUGAGGAAAAUAAUUCAUCCAUAUUUAUGUCAAACGUAAAAAAAGACGAAGGAUUAGAAAAUUCUAUUGACUUACUACGAAAAAAUUUUUCAUCGUUGUUGUGCAUUCUCAUAUCUGAUCCAGAACUAAUGCAGAGGUUAGGUUAUGGAGAACAACUUGUAGAUGAUGUUCUUAUAAAUGUUUUGCAGCAAAUGGGUCAGACACCAAUAUUGGACGACGGAAAAAUAUCUGACCUUGAUCGUCUACGCAAAAACAUUCAAAUACUCUUGGAUUUCUGCUUGAAGGAUCAAGUAAUGGAACUCAUUGCUAGUGGGAAGACAUCUACUGACGACAUUGUAGUUGAAGCUCUUAAAAUGUUUGGUGGAGAUGAAAGCUCAACAUCCAUAAAAGCCAAUUAAGUUAUUUCACUUUUACACUUUUGUUACUUUAAAGUGAAAUAAACUAACCUUACUGCCAAUAA